AAACCCACGCGCGCUCUCUGCUGAGUGGACAUGGUGCACAGGCGGCACGUGCAGAACGUGCCUAAAGGGUUUUCCUCUCUUUCUUGCUUUCUUUUUGGUCAUUUCACAUAUAUUUGUUAUUUCCAUUAAAAUAUAGCAUUCCGUUUAAAUUAAAUGGAUAAUAUCAAUAGUAUAUGGAACAUAUAUAAGUUCUCUCUCUGAAAAUGUAUGGAAGUAACCUCUUUAACGAUAAAAACUAAUGAAAUUAAAUAAAAAUAAUAAAGAAAUAUUACGGAAUAAAAAAGAUAAAGGUGAAAUAGAAAGAUAAGAGUAGAUUAUAAAGCUGUUUUUAUUGACAGCAGGCAUCCAUAGCAAAAGACGGCCAUACAGUGGGAAUAUUAUACUAACACCAUUUUGAUAUUUUUUACAUAGUUCCACCCUCAUAAAUUAAUUUUGCAAGUAUGAAAGAAAGAAAUAGCAAAACAACAACAACAAAUACAAUAUUGACCGGAACUGAUGACAAAUCUAUGUAAUACACGGAACAAAAAAUACUGUCGAACCGUUUCAGUGGUCCGUCCCUUAAAUCUUCCCCCAUACGUCACACGUGUGAUAAACAUUCAUCAGUUAAUAUGCCGAAGGCAGCGAAAGGUAAGCCACAGGUGGAGAAGAAGGCUAUUCACCCAUACAGCAGGAAAGCUGCAUAUCUGGCAAGAGCUGCUAUCAAACAAGAUAGGAAAGAAAAGUCAAAGGGUGAGAAGGCACAGCGUCUAAAUUUGAUUGGUGAAAAACUUUUGUGGUUCCAAAGCCAACUGGACCCUGACAAGUUAGAAUACACCAAACGUGAUGCUUGUGAAAUAAUUGAGAGGUACCUUCAUCGGUUUGAUGGAGAGUUGGAGCAGAUUGAGUUGGCGAACAGUAUUAAAGGACGACAGGGUCGUCAGCAUGGAUCUAGAGAAGCUAUCAUCAAUCAAACAGUUGAGCGAGAGCGAGCUCAGUAUGAAGGCAGUGGCUUUGAAAUCCCUGACAUUAUCAAUUCUAAACAUCUGAAAAUAUUCAGAGAGUGGAGCGGUGACCUCAAGAAACUUCCCAACAUUAAGAUGAGAAAGGUUACAGCCAAACGCUCUGACGGCACAUUGUCUGCAGUUUCACAAGAUAAACACAUGGAGGAAGAUAAUGAGGAAGAUGGAUCUCUGAAUUCCACAGUAUUGUGAAUCCUGCAGCUCUACUACAGUACAGAUUACUGUAGAGUAAUGGACUACUUGCUGUGUGCAAGGACAGAAAGGGCAGGUUUUUUGCUGCUAGUGCUUUUUAACAGUAGCCAUAGUGUUUUGGCAAAAAUGUCUUGCGAGGAAGGAAGUUACUCAAGUAACACAAUACUAUUAAUACAUGAAUAAACAGAUUUUGAAACGGUUUGAUACAUUCACUAGUUUAUUGCACCGACUCAUUUUUGCAUGUUUCUUUUAAUAAUGUGCAUUUGAGUUGUGAACACUGAUGUUGAUCACUAAAUCUCACUUGAUACUGACAUGACCCCUGGGGGGUGUUUAACAUAUUUUUAUUUUAUUUUAAUAUAUCAAGAUCAUCACUCCAGAAAAUCACAAAAUACAAAAAUGUAAAAUUUGUUAUUCUUUCUAAGCAAAACAUGAUCACCUCCAAACCUGCAUAUUAACAAAUCUCUUUCUUGCAAAUAAAUUAUCGUGAUUUUCCUCCAUACACUUCAAAACACAUUCCCCCUCAAAAGCUGCAUAAGUUUUUAAAAAGAACAAAGUUAACAAAAAAAGAAAAAAAAAAUCUAUAUAGAUCAGAAAGGCUUAAUGAGUCGUUGUUAGAGUAGGAAGUAGGAAUUAGUCAACUACUCAUUAAGCCUUUAAUUGAUUGAAUCAUAUAAUUAAUUGUGUGAUUUCAGGGUUAAAACAGAAACAUGGCCUGUCAGGGGGUCCCUGCAGGAGAGGUUGGGAAGCACUGAUAUAGAUCCAGUGGCUCAGUAAAUG